UGGUACAUCCAAACAUCCGGUUUACAGAAAAUGGAAACAAAAUUGCAUAGAGUGUUGACAUCCCGCUUUGACGUCUUUGGUUCUUGCUAAAAUAAUGAUGUAACUGCGGUUUUUACAGUGUUUCUUUUUUCCUUAAAAACAGCAGGCAUGUUUCCGUGGGACCCCUGAACAAUAAAACAGCCGUGUGUCGUACAUUCGUCGCCGAUGGUGAAGUUGUUUGUUUACGACAGAUGGAGGCUGGCUGCCUUAUUUCACACAGAGAGGACGUCUCUUCACUGAUUAACGAACAAACGUCAGCUGCUAAACAGAAAGAAUUGCGUAGCCAGUUUUCCACGGUGAGACAAGUGCGUGGGGAUGGAAACUGCUUCUACAGAGCCUUCUGCUUCGCACACUUGGAGUCAGUCCUACACAAUGCCAGAGCAUUACAGAGAUUCAAGGAGAAAAUCACUGAGACCGCCAAAGACUUAUCUAGUGCGGGAUUUGACGAGAGUUCCUUCAAAGACCACCUCAACACAGUCUUAACUGUUGUGGAGCACUGCCAAGCUGAUGACCAACAGGACACCUUAUUCGGGCUCUUCAAUGAUCCAACUACCUCUGACAGUGUGGUUCAGUAUCUCAGGCUCCUCACCUCAGCUCACCUGCAAAAACACACUGACUUUUUCUGCAACUUUGUGGAGGCACCUAACCUUCAUGUCUACUGUCAGCAAGAAGUGGAGACCAUGGCGAUGGAGUGUGACCAUGUGGACAUCUUGGCGCUGUCGCAGGCUCUAGAUAUCGGCAUCCACAUUGUUUCUACGGAGGGUGAUGAACAGCAGUUGGCUCACCAUAUUAUUCCAGAGGGUGCAGAACCGUCUGUACACCUCCUUUACCAAACAUCGCAUUAUAACAUCGUGUACCCACAUCCUCAGCCAUGACCAGCGGUGCACUAGGACUUUAUGAAACUCAGGAAUAUUGACUUUGAAUAAACCCAAGUGGAGAUAAUGACUUACAAAAACUGAUUUUUUUUACAUCUUUGCUGCAUACAGCUAAUAAACAAUGCUUUUACAAAGAUUCUGACUUCACAAUAAGUAAAGAUUUUUUUAGUUUAAAAUAAUUUUGUGUAAAAAUUACAUAAACCUUGUGAAAACGACCUUAUUUAAUACACAUUUUCAUUACCAUAUCAUUGCUUCUGUUCUUUCUUUUGUUUUCUCCUUGCCAGCACAUUUUUAUUCCUCUGCUUUUCUGUUGAAACUCUUUUUAGAGCACUUUCUUUCCCGGGUAGAGCCAUCUGAUGCAGGGGGAAUUUUCCCAUCUGAGUUGGGUACUUGGUCUUCAUCACACUCUUAAACACAGGCUGGGAGAUCAAAUGCUUCAAGUGUUUUUUCAUCUCUUUCACCAUCCUCUGCUGCUGUCUGUCGGUUUCUUCAUCUCUGUCUUUACCUGAGGACAAAGAUGCAAAACUUACUGUCUACAUUUUAAGAAUUUUGUUACAAGAGAGUUUGUAUUACUGGUAUUGGUAAUGCUGGUCUUACCCAUUAAAAGAUCCUCAUCCAGCUCUACCUCCAGGGCGUCCGCUGCUUGUCUUAACCAGGAGUUGUGCUGCUUCUGCCUGCUAUUGUGGAACUCAAUCUUUUCUAUUUUUCUGGCCAAGUUUACCCGUUCCUGUAGAGAACACUCUCAGUAUUAAACUACUAAAUAUGAACAUUUCAAUGGCAUAUACCGACAGGACCAAAUGCUGAAGGAUGUUACCUUGAUGGCCUCCAUGCAUUUUGUCUCUAUGGGGAACAUUGGCAGCUCCUCAUCCUUCCCAAGAGUUCUGUAAAUCUUUUUGAAGUUCAUCAUGUCAUCUGGACCAAUGAGCAGCAAACUGAGGCCCUCUUUGGUUGCUCUUGCUGUUCUGCCGCUACGAUGGACGUAUGUCUCAGAGGUCCUGGGCACCUGUUCAGAGUAAAACAUUAUUAGUGCCAAUGACAAGUGACAGCUACAGCAGGAAUCUCUAUAUACAAGACUCAGGGACCCUUACAUUUCACUGAUGUAGUGCUACUGCUUUAAAAUGUUAACUAUAUAUCUGAAAGAUGCAAAGUAGAACCUCUCCCAGACAGUGGUUCACAGAUGUGAUGUGGUGUAAAUUAUCUUAUUUGCAUUGGUUGAUGUUCAUAUCUUAUUAAAUGUAAUAAACUCUAUGAAUUGUCAAAAGGCU